AUGAGUGAAAUUAAUCAAUAAAAAAAGCAUGAGGAAUUAGAGUUGACUUCACAGUAAAAAGAUAGUGCAACCAAUAAUUAAAUGCUAACUGUUUUAAAUGAUUAAUAAGAUGAGUAAUAGCAAGAAUAAUAACCAUUAAAUCAUUAAUAAGGAUAAGAUGAACCUUCAAUGGUUUCGAUUCCUGAAGAAGAAGAAGAAAUGUUUUAUCCUUACUAUCAUGGUUAGAACAAUUGGUUCAUUUCUAAGUUGGCUUUUUUACAUUUGACAUAAUACUAAUUAUUUUUAAAGAAACAUUUAUUAGAUAAAGGACAUAAAAUUGCAUAGAAACAUUUACCAAAAUUAUCACCUUGGGAAGAUUUAAAAGAAACAGUUAAAUAAAGUUAAAAUACAGUAAAAUAAAAAAAGAACAUUACUUGUGGGGAUUUGGUAAAAAUAACAUUUUUUGGUUAAUUAAAAUGGAUAACUUUAACAUGUUUUUUUGCAUAUUUUAUGGAAGCAAUUAUAAGAAAUGGAAUAUCAAUUGUAAUGAGUAAAGUGAUUACAAGUGCUGGAGAAAAUGAAAUAGAUAAUGCAUAUGGAUAUGCUACUUUAUUAGUAUUUUUAAAUUUACUUUGUGUUUUUACAAGACAUCAUGGUUAUAAUUUAUCUAUGGUUUUUUCAUCAAAAGCAAGAAUGACUCUUAUUAAUUUAGUAUACAUAAAAUUAACUGAAUUAAGUGCCUAUUCUAUAAAAGAAGCUAAUAUAGGUAAAAUUUUAAAUUUGAUUUCUGGUGAUAUUAAUUAUCUUGAAUUUGUUUUAAUUAUGAUAUUCUAAAGUAGUGUAUGUUUCGUUUCUAUAAUAUUUGGAUCAUAUAUUCUAUGGGAUAGAUUUGAUGGUCCAAUUGGUAUGAUUUCACUUGCUAUUAUAUUCAUAGCAUAUCCUAUUUAAAUAAUACUUUAAUCCUUUAAUUCUGAAACACUUAAGACUUCUAAAUAAUAUUAAGAUUAAAGAUUAAAACUAACUAAUGAACUUAUUGAAGGUAUAAGACUUAUUAAAAUGUAUGCAUGGGAAUAAGCAUUUCAUAAGAUGAUAUCUAUUAUGAGAAAGAAGGAAUAUAUUUGUUUAUUGAAAAUUAGCUUUAGAUCAGUUUUUGAUAGAUUAUUUAGUUUAAUUUCUUAAGUUUGGUCUAGUUUUGUAUUUUUUGUUAUUUUAUAUUAUGGAGGCUAUAGAAAAACUAUGAGUGUUGCUGAAAUGAUUUCAACUAUUUAAUUACUUACAUUUUUUAAGAUAAGUUGUGUUUUUAUGGUUUCCUAUGGUAUUUAAUCUGUAAUCCAUAUUAAGGUAUCAUUUACAAGAAUGGCAACUAUUUUAAAUAUUCAAAAUUCAGAAAUGACAAAUUUGGAUAAAAUUCAAUUAAAAACAGAUAAUAAUAAUUAAUAAUAAAAUAUAAAUGAUCCAAGAAUUUAACUUAAAAAUUUUACUUCAUUUUGGACAAGCAAAGUUACUGAAACUACAAAACCAGUACUUAAAAAUUUAACAAUUGAUAUUUAGGCAGGAGAAGCUUGGGCAUUUAUUGGAAAAGUUGGUUGUGGAAAGUCAACUCUUCUAAGUGCUUUUUUGUUUGAGAUUCCUGCAUAUAAAGGUUCAUUUAAAAUUGAUGGUUAAGAAGCAAAUAAAGGAAAAUUAGUUAUAGCAUAUGUUGAAUAAGAACCUUUUAUAUUUCCAGAUACUAUAAGAAGAAAUAUCUUAUUUGGUAGACCAUAUGAUAAAGUUUUGUAUUAAAAAGUGUUGCAUGCUUCUUAAUUAGAAACAGAUUUAUCUUUGAUGAAAUUUUAAGAUCAUACUGAAAUUGGAGAAAGAGGUACAACUCUCUCUGGUGGUUAGAAAGCUCGUUUAUCCUUGGCUAGAGCUUUAUAUUAAUAAGCAGAUUUAUAUUUAUUUGAUGAUCCUUUGUCUGCUGUUGAUGCAAAUGUAGCCAAAAAUAUAUUUCAUAUGGCUAUCAAAGAAUUCAUAUUUGAUUUUUAAGUAUAGAGAAAUCCAUCAAAGAAAAAACCAAUUGUUAUUUUGGUUACUCAUUAAGUUUAAUAUGCUGUAGAAUGUGAUAAAAUAGCAAUAUUAAAUGAUGGAGAAUUAAUAGCUUAAGGUUCCUAUGAUGAUAUUAAAUAGAGUCUUUAUAUGAUAAAUGAUGAAUUAGCUUUAUAGUUAAAUAACACUAAGGAAAUAAAAAAAUAAGAAUUUGUAAAACCAUCAUUUUAGAAAAGAGUAAAAGUUAGAAAUUCAGUUGCUAAUAAUCUAAUAGGAAAAGAGGCUGAUUAACAAUCAUUAAUUACUCUAAAAACUUAUUUUAGAUAUUAUCAAUUUUGGAAUAUAAUAGUCAUUAUUUGUAUUUUAUGUUUAGAAGCUGGUUCUGAAGUAAUUAAUAACUUUUAUUAAAGAAUUAUUUCACUUUUUGAAGAAUAUUAAAAAGAAAAUGAUAUAGAUACUGCUUAUUUUCUUUUAGGAAUGUUAACAUUAGCACUUUUCCUUACUAAUAUGAUGAAAUAUAUAUUAAAUACAUAUUCAGUUUAAUCAUCUACUUAAACAAUACAUUAACAAAUGCUUAAAUCUAUAAUAUUAGCACCAAUUUCAUAUUUUGAUGUUAAUCCAUCUGGUAGAAUUAUCAAUAGAUUUUCAAAUGAUUUAUCUUUAUGUGAUAAUUAAACGAAUACUGUUAGUUUAGAUGUUCUGGAAAUUAUUGGUAAUUUCUUAUUUGCAUUAAUAACUUUGGCUAUAUUAUAACCAUACUUUUUAAUUAUGAUUAUUUUUAUUAUCACUAUUGAUUUUUAUUAGUUUAGUUAUUCAAAGAAGAUCAUUAGUUAACUUAAAGAAGUAGAAUUAAUGUAAAGAAGCCCUUUAUUUGAUUUUCUAAAGAAAACUUUAGGAGGUGUCAUUUAGGUUAGAGUCUAUGAAUAAUAAGAUUGGUUUAGAAAAUAGUUUUUAGAUAUAUCUAAUAAAUGUAAUCUUAAUUCACUUACAUAUUAUUAUUCUUCAAGAUCAUUUGGCUUUAAUUUAGAUCUUGUAGGAUUUAUAGCUUAGACAGUUGGUAUAUAUAUUUUUGUAAAAUUAAAUUAUGAUAAUGUAGCAAUAUUAUCAUAAGGAUUAUUACUUUUGACUACUUAUAAUGAUGCUUUAUAAUGGGGAUUAAGACAAUUAAUUACUUUUGAAACUUAAAUGAAUUCAUAUAAUAGAAUGUUUUAAGUUAUUGAUAUACUACCAGAAGCUCCUCAUUUUACAAAAGAAGAUGAAAAACAUCCAGAUUUUCCAAAAGAUGGUAGAGUUAAAUUUGAAAAUGUAUUUAUGAGAUACAGAUAGAAUUGUGAUUUAGUAUUAAAAGGAUUAUCAUUUGAGAUUAAAAGUGGUGAAAAGAUUGGUUGUGUUGGAAGAACAGGUGCAGGAAAAUCUUCUAUUUUAUAAGUUAUUUUUAGAAUGUCUGAAAUUGAAAAUGAUUAUGAAUCAAAAUUAUUAAUUUCAGAUUUAGAGAUUAGAAAAUUAGGAUUACAUAAAUUAAGAAGUAAUAUUGGAAUUAUUCCUUAAUCACCUUUUUUAUUUACAGGAACUAUUAGAAGAAAUUUAGAUCCAUUUGAAAAUUAUACUGAUGAAUAAUUAUGGAAGGCUUUAGAAUAAACAGAUCUUAUAAAUCAUGUUAAAGCAUUUUAAAGUGGUCUUUUAACAGAUAUGAGUGAUGUUAAUUCUGUAUUUUCUGUUGGUUAAAAAUAAUUAAUUUGUUUAGCUAGAAUAAUUUUAUAAUAAAGAAAAAUUAUUGUUUUAGAUGAAGCAACUGCUAAUGUUGAUAUGAAAACAGAUGAUUUUAUAUAAGAAACAUUAAAAAAGAAAUUUAGUGAUUGUACUUUAAUAACUAUUGCACAUAGAUUAAAUACAAUUGCUGAUUAUGAUAAAGUAAUGGUUGUAAGUGAAGGAUAAGUUAUUGAAUUUGAUACUCCAUUUAAUUUAUUAGCUAAUUCAAUUAAUUCUGUGUCUGUAGAUAAAUAAACAGAGUUUUCCAGAUUGGUUAAAAACACUGGUGAUUAAAAUUCUUAAGCCAUUUUUGAUAUUGCUAAAUAAAAGUAAAUCAGAAUGUGA